AUGCCGCCCCUGCCGCGCCGCGCCGCGCUGCUGCAAGCAGCAGCCGCCGUAGCUGUCGUGUGCUGCUGGGUUCAGGGCGCCGCCGCCGACGCUGCGACUGCUGGCACGGCGCAGGCCGGCCCCACGACUGAUGCGCCACAGACGAACAGAAGAGCGACCGUCACGGCCGUCGCCGUCGUGCUGUGCGUUGUGGGGCUGUUUAUGGGGGCUGGAAUCUUCUUCUUACGCUGCUGCUGCGGCCGCUGCUUCGAAUCAAGGGUCAAGCGCGUGCUGCCGGUGACGGCCGCGGCCGGCGCGCCCCAGCCUGAAACUGACGCGUGCGCCUGCGCGGCAGCUGCAGGCGGUGCGAGCCCGCCGCAGACGGUGAGGUGGCUGGUCUGA